GUUGUAAAUAUUUAGUGCAGUGUUAGUGCCAACAGAAUAACUUCAAAGUCACUAGGUCUGGCAACCGUAAACGUCAAAGAAAAAUCCAUAAAUUUUUUUAAAAGGAAAUGAAAUCAGGUGAGGCAAUUUGAGUUUUUUUGCAAAUUCUUAAGCCUUACACAUUAUUGGACUUGUAAAUACUUAUUGAAAAAUAGAUUUCUGUGAAUUUUAUCUAUAAGUGAAUGCUUUUUGGAUAACUUACUUUUGAUAAAAUGGAUCCUGAAGAAUUGCCGGAGAAUAGCGACAGCAGCGAUGAAGAUUACGUUCCCGAUAAAAAAGAAGAAAACGUUUCUGAAGUUGAAUCCGACGGAGAUCCUGAAUCCGAUCUUUCAGACAGUGAAAAUGUCAGUGCUAAAGCGAAAAAAAGAACAAAGCACUCUUCAAAAGCCAGAAAGAAGCAAAAACCAAUAGAAGAAGAGGUUGUAACAACUAAGAGCGAAUCUAAACAAGUAACGGAAGAAGAAAAAAAGAAAUUAGCUGAUGAUAUAUGGGCCGACUUCAUGAAAGAUACUGGAUUUCAGUCGAAAAAAGAUAUAGCUAAAAAUUUACCAACGAAUAGUAGUAAAUCAACAACAGUAGACAGUGUGAAAAAAACACACAUAGAAGAAAAGAAACCAGAGACGGUUAAAAUAACUCAAGUGUUCAAGUUUGCUGGUGAGGAAGUUAAAGUAGAAAAAGAAGUUGUAAAGGAUUCAAUUGACGCGAGACUAUCAAAUAAAUCUACUAGUGAACCUGGUAAAGCUUUCAAAAGUAAAGGUGGCUUAAGUGGAAUUUUAAGCCAAUUGGGUAAAAAACCUAAAAUUAGUACUUUGGAGAAGUCUAAGUUAGAUUGGGAUCAGUUUAAAAAAGAGGAGAACCUCCAGGAAGAACUUCUGAACCAUAAUAAAGGCAAAGAUGGUUAUUUGGAAAGACAAGAUUUUUUGCAAAGGGCCGACUUACGAAGAUUUGAAAUCGAAAAAGAAAUACGUAGCAAGGAGAGGAGUAAAAGAUUAAACAACGCAUAAAUUGACGAUUCUCAGUAUUGUCUGUAUUUAUUUAUUUAUUUUUACAUUCCGAAUGGUUUUAUAGCAUGAUAUCUGAAUAUGAUGGAAAAAUUUAUUGAUUAUAUGUUCUCAAUUUGAUUCCCUUGUAAAUUUUUGUACUCUCUUAUGUGAGAUUUGAAAAUAAAUGAGACAGCUCAAAGAAA